CAUUGGAAAUGAGCAAAAGUAAUGCAGCAUAAGGUCUGAGCUGUCCCGUUCAAGAAAAGAGUGACCGGCCAGUGAACGUUGUCAGUGGGAAUAGUCUCGGCGCUGUUUAGCAAAUCUAAUCCACGGCAAGCUCAACAAAAUGGAGAUCGAGAGAGAAAUAAAGAAGAUAACCCUGGGACAUGAGAUUGGAGCCGGAGCAGCCUGUCUGAAAUGCAAGGACAAGUGUGAAGGCUUUGAGCUUCACUUCUGGAGAAAGUUUUGCCGGAACUGCAAGUGCGGUGUUGAGGAUCAUGAUGUGCAGCUAGAGACAGAGGAAAAUAAGAAGGUGGGGAAGCUUUUCGAGGACACCAAGUACACCGGCCUCAUAGCUAAGCUGAAGAAAGAUGGCAUUCCCUCGUACAGAGGCAACCAAGUCACCAUCUGCAUCCCGUCCCCCACCAUCAGCACUGCUAGUCCAUUUCAUGCUGCCACUUAUAUACCCGGCUCCAGCCAGACCUGCACCCCGACUGCACAGCCUUCCCUUGCCCCGCCUACUCAUGCUCCACCUGCUGCCACCAGUGUCACCCCAGGUGCCGCAGCCCACACCCAUGCUUGCCCAGGAACAGUUUCUGGAAUGGGCCAUACUGCUACCCCAGGAACUGGCCCUACUGCUGCAUCAGGAUCAGGCCGUACUGUGGUCUCUUCAACUGUUGUCCCAGCUAAAGGUCAUGGUGCUGCCAAUGUUGUGGUCGCAACCCCCACCGCACUGCCUGCCAAGACUGAUAAGGUCAAGUCCGUCACCUAUGAAUGGGCUCCACCUGGAAUCAACCAUGGCUUGGCUCUGCACUACAUGGAACUCCUUCCUCCGGAGCGGCGACCCAUCUCUGGUACGGCGGGAGCAGAUUACCGUAAGAAGCAGAUGGCCAAACAGCUUCCAGAGCAUGACCAAGACCCAGAAUACUGCCACGAACUUUCUCCUAGCGAGGUCAAUCAAAUGCACCAGUAUGUCCGCAAGUACAAGGAUGAGGCGCUGGGUAUAGGCGACAUCACGCUGCCUGAAGAAAUGGGAAGACAGGUGGGUCUAGCUGGGGAAAAGGGGCCUCAAGGCCUGGGGACUGGAAGCAAGCCUGGUGAUGGAACAACAGGGAGAUCAGAAGGUGGGACUGAUUCAACACCUGACAAAGGUGAUUCUGUUGCUACCAUGGGAAAGGUUGGUGUCCCAGGGGCUGUUGGGACUUUACAAAGUGGACCUGCUGGAAACUAUUCAUGCCACCGGUGCCAGCUGCCCAUGAAGAAGGGUGAGCCAGCGGUUUACGCCGAGCGAGCAGGCUACGAUAAACUCUGGCACCCGGCCUGCUUCGUGUGCUGUACCUGCACUGAGCUGCUGGUGGACAUGAUUUAUUUUUGGAAGAAGGGCCAGCUGUACUGUGGCCGGCAUUACGGAGACAGCGAAAAGCCAAGAUGUGCAGGUUGUGAUGAGCUCAUCUUCAGUAAUGAGUACACCCAGGCAGAGGGCCAUAAUUGGCACCUGAAGCACUUCUGCUGUUUUGAUUGUGACUGUGUGUUGGCUGGAGAGACCUACGUCAUGGAGAAAGAGAAGCCCAUUUGCAAACCCUGCUACAUGAAGAACCACGCUGUGUGUUGUGCGGCCUGUCAGAACCCCAUUGAGCCUGAAGCCCAGCGCGUGUCGUAUGGAGAGCACCAUUGGCAUGCCGAGCCCCAGUGCUUCCAGUGCUCCUGCUGCUCCAAGUGCCUUAUGGGCCAGCGAUUCAUGGCCCUGCAGGGAAUGCUGCUGUGUUCCGUGGAGUGCAAGAAGAUAAUUUCUUCCUAAAGGAGCACCCUGGAAUUCCACUUCUGUGAAAUUAUAGCUUUACCCCAAGCAGUGUUUAGAGCACAGCAAGACAGUAUUCGUGUUAAAGCAAUAUGUUCAUCUAAAAUGAAUAUUUUGUCAUUAUUUACAUACUGUCAUGUAGCUCCAAACCUGUAUGACUUUCUUUCUUCUGUAGAACACAAAAUUAGGUAUUUUGAAGAAUCUUCACAGAGAUCUUUUCUUUGUUUACAAUAAUUCAUAGUGACCAUAGCUGUCAAGCUCCAAAAAUGACAAAAAAAACAAACACUAUCUGCAGAACACAAUCGAAGAUGUUUAGAAAUAUAUUUCAGCUCAGCUUUUUACUAUUAUUAAUUCUCGUCUCUGCCCAGUAGAUGGAGAUAUGCACAAAGAAUGCGAAUCGCAAAAACAAAAGAAGAAUGUGAAAGUGAAAUUGGAGAUUGAUCGUAAAAAAUUACUUAAAUAUUGAUCUGCUUCUCACCCACACUUAUAUCACUUUUGAAGACAUGGAUUUAACCACUGGAGUCAUAUUGAUUACUUUUAUGCUGCCUUUAUAUGCUUUUUGGAGCUUCAAAGUUCUGGCCAUCAUUCUCUUUGUAUGGACCUACAGAGCUGAGAUAUUUUUCUAAAAUCUUUGUGUUCAGCAGAAGAAAGUCAUACACAUCUGGGAUGGCAUGAGGGUGAGUAAAUAAUGAGAGAAUUUUCAUUUUUGGGUGAACUAUCCCUUUAACUGAGACUUGCUACAGCAGUACACAUGAGUAUACACUGCCAAAAUCUUCUUUAAUUGAGAAAAUCAAUGUAUUUGUAUGACCAAACAUACUUCCAAAUUCUUCCAAGCCUUUAUUUUAAAUGAUUUUUGGGAAAUAAUAAGCAAUACAUUGGAGAAGCUAAUUGUGAACUAACCUAAAGUUAUCAGCUGUGGCAGUGUCUUUAUGAAUAAUUUAGUAUUAAUAAACAGAAGCAUUGGUGGCUUUUGUUUUUUGGCUACUGAAAAAAGUCUUCCUCAUUCUUUGAUGCAUUUUCCUUACUUUCUUUAAUUGCACUUUAUUUUUUCCCUUUCACUCUGUAAUCUAAUAAAUGUUUUGUAGUAAUAUGA